GCCGCGCGCGGAGAGCUUCGGCCUGGCCGCGCUGCGCCCGCCGCCGCCCCCUGCCCUCCCUCGGCCCUCCCUCCCCGCGGCCCCGGUCCCCUCCUCACCGGAGCCGGAGCUGGAACGCCGCGCCCGAGAGCCGCUACCGCCAGAGGAUGCGACGCACAACAGUGUUCUGAGGAAAGCCUCUGGACUGAAUGGAAGUCAGCGUCAGAAAAGGUCCCCUUUCUGUCCCAAAAGCUGUCAAGUGCAUGAGGAUGAAGCAGGCCCCGGAGCUGCUGGGCAGCGCCAGUGGGAAGCCUGCCAGCUGCGACAUGAACCGCGAGUGCUCUGUGUUCCUGGGCAAGGCCCAGCUGUCCGCCAGCCUGCAGGACGGGGUCAUGCACAAGUUCAACGGCCACGAGGCACUGCCCUUUCUUCCUGCGGAGAAGCUGAAGCUGAAAGACCUCGCUUCCCGCGUGUUCAAUGGGGAGCCCGGUGCUCACGAUGCCAAGCUGCGUUUUGAGUCCCCAGAGGUGAAGGGGGGGAUGGGGACCCCGCCGAGCACCACCCCUGUCAAAAAUGGCUCUCCGGAGAUUAAGCUGAAAAUCACCAAAACGUACAUGAAUGGGAAACCUCUCUUCGAAUCUUCCAUUUGUGGCGAUGGCGCUGCUGCUGUGUCCCAGUUGGAAGAAAAUGGACAAAAAGCAGAAAACAGGGCAAGGAGGAACAGGAAGAGGAGCAUAAAAUACGACUCGUUGCUGGAGCAGGGCCUCGUCGCAGCAGCUCUGGUGUCUAGGACGUCAAGUCCCACAGAGAGAAAGAAUCCAGCUAAGAAAGAGUCCCGUCCAAGUACCGGCCGAGACCAAGACCACCUAUUGAAAUACAAUGUCGGCGAUUUGGUGUGGUCCAAAGUGUCCGGGUACCCCUGGUGGCCAUGCAUGGUUUCUGCCGACCCCCUGCUGCACAGCUACACCAAACUCAAAGGUCAGAAAAAGAGUGCACGCCAGUAUCACGUACAGUUCUUUGGUGAUGCCCCAGAAAGAGCUUGGAUAUUUGAGAAGAGCCUUGUAGCUUUUGAAGGAGAAGGACAGUUUGAAAAAUUAUGCCAGGAAAGUGCCAAGCAGGCACCCACGAAAGCUGAGAAAAUUAAGCUGUUGAAACCUAUUUCAGGGAAAUUGAGGGCCCAGUGGGAAAUGGGCAUCGUUCAAGCAGAAGCAGCUGCAAGCAUGUCAGUAGAGGAGCGGAAAGCCAACUUCACGUUCCUCUACGUGGGGGACCAGCUUCACCUGAACCCUCACGCAGCUAAGGAGGCCGGCGUUGCUGUGCAGUCUCUGGGGGCCAUGAUGGGGUCCUCGGGGCUCACUGAAGAAGCUGCUGAGAACCACAAGCCCGGGAGAGAAGGGGGUGUGCCCAUCAAGAGAAGGCGGAGAGCCAAGCUGUGGCGCUCUGCUGAGAGCCAAGAGAGUGAGCCCGGGACAGCGAAGACGACUCCUCAGAAGCGGGCAGAGGCUGAUCCUAAGAGAGGAGUCGGAUCUCCUCCCGGGAGGAAAAAGGCCGCGGCCUCCACGCCACGGAGCAGGAAGGGGGAUGCGGCAUCCCAGUUCUUGGUCUUCUGUCAGAAGCACAGGGAAGAGGUUGUGGCCGAACACCCAGAUGCCUCUGGCGAGGAGAUUGAAGAGCUGCUGGGGUCCCAGUGGGAUAUGCUCAGCGAGAAGCAGAAAGCGCGCUAUCACACCAAGUUUGCCCUGGUGGCCUCCGCCCAGCCUGAGGAAGACUCUGGUUCAUCACUGAAGAGUUUUGGAGAGGCCAAACGUAAAGUGUUUCAAGACUCACCUGGAAGGAGACCGAGACCCGGAAGUAACUUAAAUGGGAAAAAAAGAACCCACACAAAGAGGACACAGGACCCCACUGGAGAUGCUGAAGUUGAGGAUGCGCCCAGGAAAAGACUCCGGACUGACAAGCACGGUCUUUGGAAGAGAGAGAUGAUCACUGACAAAACAGCCCGGACAAACUCUUAUAAGGCCAUGGAGGCAGCCACCUCCCUGAAGACCCAGGCAGCAACGAAACAUCUGUCUGAUGCGUGCAAACCACUGAAGAAGCGAAGCCGGGCAUCUGCGGCAGCGUCCUCAGCUCUUGCGUUUAGCAAGAGCUCCUCUCCUUCCGCAUCCUUAACUGAGAACGAGCUUUUAUGGGAGCCACAUCAGUCAAGUUGGAUUUGAACCCAGCUGCCCUGUACUGCACUUAAAAUGCUGUAAUAUUCCAGGAUGUCUGCUUCAGUUGGUGCAUCAUCGUACACACAAAGUGACAUUCCUGUCACAGCCAUUUUAUGGAAGAUGUGUGGUAAUCCUUUACUUGGUACAAUAAACACACACCAUGAAGAAAACAGAUAACAAGUGUUAAGACCCAGGUAAGAGCGUGGUCAAGGCCAUUGAGCAAUGACAUUCAUCUCACGAUAGGAACACGUCCACAGCCCUGGGACCAGGGUAGGUCCCCGCGGGCAGGUGCCCGUCAGCAGGGCCGUCCUGGACCGCGGCAAGGACACGGCCCUGCAGGGCUGCAUCUUGUAGGGAUCGUUUUUCUCCUCCAGUUCACAACUAACUGAAUUUUUAUUGAAAAUGGCAGCAUCUGUUUCUUCAAAAACCAAGAACAAACAGCACACAUUAAGAGGGGUCCUUGUCAGCUAUUCUCAUUGCCAGUGGAAUGGAAUCAGGACUGUAGAUACUCAACUAAUUCCAACAUAAAAGGCAGGACGAGUUUUGAUUCUGUCGUUUUUACUAAACAGUUUUACUAUGACACUAGACAGAAUAAAUUUGUAGGAACAAACUACCAUUUGCAGUGUCACUGGGAGCCGUUUAGCUCUGGAUCCAGUGGCUGCUGUGCCAGGGACAGCAGUCAGGUUGUUAGCUCACCCACGCCACCGUUUGCUUUUGUAGAACACCAAUCAUCUAUUAAGUGUCUCAGCCUCGGGGACCACUGAUGUCGUGCCCCCAUCCUGCAUGUUUGCAUCGUGAGGACAGGCCUCACAGGCCCUUCCGCUCCCGGAGGCAGGGCGGUGAAGCUCACAUCACCGAGAGUGGCAGUGGGGCCAUCCCCAGCAGGCUCUUCCGAUGGGUUUAACCUUUCAUGAAAGUUUCUGACUGAUACUUGUGUUCUAAGCCAUUAAGUAAUGUGACGCGUGUAAAAGACGUAGGGUGCCUGGAGCCUGGCCAGGACUCAGUAGUUCACUAUUGUGACAGUAAUGGUUACAACAAUAAAGUAAUAAAAUCACAGUCAUUCCAUUUUUAUCCAAAAGUAUAAAUUUUGUUUGGCCUGAAGAGCGACCCUCUUGACUGCACCCGCACAUGAGGGCAGAACAGACCCGGAAGUGGCAGGCACUGGGUUUGCUUGAGUGACACCUUGGUACUGGGAUGGCUGAAGGCUGGGAUGUGUGGCCUCAGACACUGACUGGGUUGUGCUCUCCUGAAAGGAUGUGAAAAAGCUCAGGAGUAGCGUAGGAUUCUCAAAAAGCAAGUCACUAUAAGUUUAAAAGUGUAAAAAAAAAAAAGGUAUAAAAAUGGCCCUGGUUUAAGAAAGAUCAGCGAAAGGAAAGCUUGCCUGAAAGACCUCUGGCAAGUUACGAGGCUUGGUUUGACAUUGCAGUGAGGUGAAUUCCGGGUGGUGGCCAGCCGGCUACCAACAUGCGACAGGUGCAUGAGAAGUCGCCAGCACAUGGUGCUUUCCUCUGCGAGGAGGGAGGAGCAGGUUGUCAGGAUGUCUCGAUGGUGUGUCCACAGAGCAGCAUGAACUUAGCAUCAGCUGAGCACACGGGGCUCCGUGGAGGAACAGUGUCCCCCUGAGGACACUGGGAAGGUGGCCAGUCAGGCACAGGCAGGUAUAUACGCUCAGCAUUCUGCAGUGAGGGGCAGUCCUGGGUAGGGCACCCUGUCCGCCCCAAAUGCCACGGCUGGCCUCACUGACGGACCCCCUGGCGAAGGGCUCCUGUUCUGAGUGAGCUUAGGACAGUGUGUCUGCACGAGUCCCAAAGCUUAUCAUGCUACUGAUUUUGUGUCCUAAGAAGCCAAGACCGUGCAGAUGCGGGUGCAGGUGCAUCCUCGUCCCGAGUCGUUUGAACUGCCUGUCGUUGAGGUGAAUUUUGCUUAUGCUCCCAGAAGCAAUUGUGGCGACACUGCCAUCCAUACACCUCGUGUGUCUGGUGAGGACAGGUAGCCGCGAGAAGGAACUAGAGUACAAAAUGGGCGUUUGCAGCAGGUGGAAACUCGUCUGAGAACACAGAAGUUUAGAUCACAGGUGUUCUGAAAAAGAGCAGCACCCUGCAUGCCUGUGCGCGUGCUGCAGGGCUCCUGUCCCCUCCCGCCCCCCACACACACCUGCACGGACAGACGCCUGUCUGCCCUGUGCACGUUUGUCAGCUGAUAGAGAAGUUCAUUGUGUGCAGGGGGGAUGAACUCAGGUGCAGCUGCAUGGCAGUGGUCUUUGUACUAUGCCUUAUAUCUAUGACGUCUGCAUCUCCCAGCUGAAAAUAACCCCAGCGUCUAAAGGGAUAUUCCUAAAAACCAACAAGGAAGUUUCACAAGGAAGCGAUUUCGGGGACCUCAGGCAGGGGGUGCACUGCGCAGCCUUUGGGGUCCUGCCCAUCCAAUGUACAGGGGCGGGUCGCCUGCUUCUCCGGGGAUGUCUGUGAGGUACCCUAGUUUUCGAUCUGCCUGAUUCCUGGCUUUUCGUAGAAAGCUCACGUUUAGGUUUAAAACGGAGUGCUCAGGAUGCCCAUUUUAAGAGGUGUAUGGGGUUGGGGACACUGACAGCUGAGUACAUCAGAGGAAAGGAUGGAGGAAACUGACGUCAACUUCAGGAACAAGUUUGACUCCCCUGGUCUCUGGCCCUGACCGGCUCUCCCAAGAUUUGUGACCACAGGUGUGUGACAGUGGCCAGGUUUGAGGGCAGAGCAGAGCCAGGGUUUGCCCAAUGGUGGGCAACUCAUACCUACCAAGUAGAAAUGUGCUAAGAAGAUAAGUAAGAUUGUGAAUUAGCAUCUACUUCCAGAACCAAAAGAAGUGCCCUGUGGGUAUAAAGCAGUGAUGUAAAAACGUACUUUGAGUGUUCUUGACCCAAGCCUGAUGUGAGUGGCCGCUGGGCCUGUGGCGCAGACCAUCAGGUGUAGUCUCAGCGUUUUUACGUGGACAGUCCUCCAUCCAUUAGGUCCCAUCCAGCAGGAGGAGGGCUGCUCGGGGGCCACCGUCUGCAGCUGACGCCUCUGCGUGAGGGACCGUGUCUGUGAGGGUGGAUGGAAGGAAGAUAGGCUCGCUGUAACUCUGGCAAGUUUACCUGAUUGCUUUUUCAUUUGAUUUCAAAGUUAACAUGCUUCUGAAACAUAUCUAGCCCCUUUAUUAACUCAUUUUCAAGGUUUUUCUGGCCAGUAGAGGUUUAUACAUGGACCGGGUGACAGCCCUUUUGACGUGGUGUGAAACUAGCAUUUUAAAUGCUUUUAAAAUCAAGAAUUUCAUCACCUCGGUUUUUAAAAAAAAUCUCUAAACAGAAAAGUCAUUCAUUGUUCAGGACUGCUGUUUAUCUUUCAGAUUGUGAACCUAAAUUAGUCUUGCUGAAAGAAUUGCAAUGUCAUGUCUUUUUAGAGGACGUUUCUCAAAAUGCUCUCAGAUCUGUUGUUACUGGCUUCCCAUUGGCUUUCAAAGUUGAGUUUGGUUUUUUAAAGAAAUAUGCUGACUCCUCUCUACUUUAAUAUUUUGGGUCAGUGAAAUUGAUUUUGAUCCCUUAAGUACCUGUUUGUGCUGUUUUACCUAGAAUAUUAGAAAUUACCACUGGUUUAAUUGCCAGUGAUGGAAAACAGACUGUCCUUAGCAGGUAGAAAAUUAGGUGUGUUGUAUCCAUCUUGUUCCUCGUGCUGUCUGGGGAGGGGCAUGCUCCUUUUGUCAGCUGAUAGAGAAGUUCAUCGUGUGCAGGGGGGACGAACUCAGGUGCAGCUGCAUGGCAGUGGUCUUUGUACUAUGCCUUAUAUCUAUGACGUCUGCAUCUCCCAGCUGAAAAUAACCCCAGCGUCUAAGGGGAUGUUCCUAAAAACCAACAAGGAAAUUUCACAAGGACAUUUGGGGCAUUGUCACCACCGAUGUCCCUCCAGCAGCGCUCAGUGACACUAGGAACACCCCAUCUUGUUAUAUACCUUUGCAACUAGCUGGUUACACGUUACACCCACAUGUAUAAUUUUUUCUGGCCCACAUGUAGUUGCUGGAUUUUUGCAUAUAAUUUUUUGGCAUGUACUUUGAAGGGUGCUAACCAUUGAGGCAUACUGUAUCUUCCAGAAAUGACUGAGGUGGCAGUGGGGGUGGCCUGGCCCAGCGACGGGGUCUCCUGAGCCUCGUACUAACAGAGCUGCAGAAGCAGCAACUGUACGUGCUGCGUCAUUCAUUGUCUUCAGGUCAGCUCUCGCCAGCCCACUCUAUGGGAAGGCCGCGGCUGAGGGCACAGUUGGGACACAGUUGGGUUGAUAGGAUCACUUUAGCGACUCGCUCUGCCUGUGACGAAGGCUGGCUGUGACUACGGAGCGGCAGUGCGUGGCCUACUCUGCACUGGGUCCCCUUGGCUCUCGCUGGCACCUGCUUGGGCUCUGGGGCAACCCAGAAGCCAACUGGCUUAGGAGGCUGUGAGCGCAGUCCUGCAUGUGAGCUGGACGUUUGUUCUCACGACUGGGACCCAGCCCUGGAGUUCAGGGGCAGCCAGGAAGGUUCUAGUCUGUGUCACCUAGUAGGGCUGCGUUAAUAAAAGUUAUUAAGAACCGUAGUAUCUUAGAUGAUGAAUGACUCAUUUAAAAAUUAUUUUAAACCCACUCGAAUAUUUCACUGUGAUAUUUACUUGGAAGACCUGUUUGAGACCAGUCUUGAUUUUAAGUUCAUUAAAUCUGCUGAGCACAGGAUUCUUACCGUCUGUAAAUCCUAAACACCAUGUGAAAGUCUUCUAGUUAUCGAGCUAUUUCUUUACAAAAGCGUAACUUAAGCAUGAAAAUGUUGGUUUAUAGAAAUAUUUAUUGUUCAAGGUCUGUAUUUGUAUUUCAAAAAUGAUGUAGUAUUCAACUUGUGAAGGGAUUUGUUUUGUCAAAAAAUUAAAAUUUCACUGUGUCACACCCCUGAGGUGGCCUAGGGGACUGCUUUCCAGUCGCAGCAGGGAGGACCUGCCUGGGAUUCGCAUGUCACCCCUCAUGGCCGCCUCGUUUCUAGAAGUUGGUUCAAGUAUGUUCACCAGGUUACAUUGUGUUCGUGAAUGCCAUCUUGCAAACCCCCGUCACGUGUGCUAAGGACGCUGCUUUCCCGGGAAGGAAUGUGUUUCUGAGGCAAAUAGGCGAGUAGAUACUGUCACACUGAGUAGAGAGCAGAGAAAGUGUUUUCAGAGACAAGAAAACGUUGAGAAGUCAGGAACUAAGCUGCCUGGGCGCAGCUGUGGUGGAUUCGGGAAGCAUCGGGCAAGUUCUGAGCGUGUGUCCGCUCAGUCCCUCCACUUUUCUUUUUCCAAAUGAACCCUGUUGGAUAUGGAAUAGACCUUAGAUGUCGUAGACUGAGAUGUGGGACUGUGUUGGGACCGUACAGGGGACUGUGCCUUUCACAAUCGCAUCUCCGAGUAAGUACGGUCACGGGGUGCCCGUGGAGGUGGGGCCGCAGCUGGAGCCACGCCCCGUGCCCGGUGCGGGUGGCUUGGUGGGCGGAGAGCGACCCGCCUGCCCUCCUUCUCUGUCGAGUUGCUGGGCUGGGGAGGCGUGGGGGCGGAAGGGCGGGUCUGCACUGUGUCUGCAAUGGAUGUACUGUUGUAAGGUCUGUAUUCUGUAUGUGUGCCUCAGGGCCCGACCAGGAAACGAGCCUUCUGUGUGUCUUUCACAUUUAUAUUUCCAUUCAGAAUGUGUACUCAGUGUUUAUUUCCGCAAAACAGACUUUGUUAACUUAGGAAAUAUCGCCAAGUGGAAACGUGCUAACUUUUUCUGUAAAUCUUAAAUAAAAGGUGCUGUUCCUUCCUUUGACCCAGGACUGGUCUGUGUUUUCUGUCUUCCUCUCCGCACUUUUUCUUGUAGCUUCGAAACUUGUCCAGCCUCGCCGAGGGAAGAACACAGGUUGGCGAGCAAGGCGCCGGGUCUCCCCAGCCCACACCCAAGCCUCGCUCUUUGGGUCCUGGUGCCGGGAUUCUCCAUCUGGUCCGCCCGAGGCGGUGUGGCUGGUCCCCCGAUGCCCGGUGCCACUGCAGCCUUGCCACAGUGCAGUCCCUGCUGGGGCCCCACAUCUGAUGCACGUGUCAGAUUUGGAGUUUGAGCUCAGAGCAUUUUCCCAAGUUGCCUUCUUUCUGGGUGUUAGUGUUGAAGAAGUUGGAGGCGCCUGGCGACUCCAUCCAGGCAGCCUCACAGCGACAGUUUUACAGUGUAAGACUCCUGGAAUUUAGUGUUCAUUCCCGCUGCAAUUUCCAUCUUCCUGGAGAAGGUGAGGAAAUCAAAUUUAAAAGGUCGCUCUCUCUUAAGACUGUGUUAUUAUGGGAUGUGUCAGACAUCAGAGUGUUGAGGCUGGAACUGUGGCCACACACCUGUCACCCCCGCCACAUACCACUCAGACCAACAGAUCCGUCAAAAAAAGUCAGCAAAACCCUGUCUUCACUGUUUUUUUCUUCUGCUCCCUGUGACAUCACGGAGCUAAAUUUGGAGAAAGCUCAUUGAUAGGCUACAGAAUUGGGCAGAUUGCUGGGGGGGUUUGUUUUGUUUUUCGGUUUUUAAUGUGGCCCAAUUUCAACUUCUAGCUUUGUGUUCACUGGCAAACAGCAAGCCUGUAACACAAUUACUUGUUACUGAGGUGUACAGGAAACUCAGUGUAUGCUUUUGCUUUGUUGAAAAAUUCAGUUUUCAACAUUUAUUUACCUAACAUCAGACUAAUACUGUGUUUUUUUAAAAUCUGAAAUUGAUAUAUCAGAAAGUUUCCUAAUUAAAGACUUACUGGUUUCUAUUUAAAGAUUUGUUGUUGCUGGGUCAAGUGAGGGAAAAGUCCUAUGUACCAGGAUGGGGAGAGGGACUAGUGGCCUACGGUCUCUGAUAAAUGGGCCAGACAUUCAGGUGAAAGGCAGCCCCUCACUCAGACUUGUGUUAACAGGGCUGGUGGCAGGUUUCCCUUUGACUUUCCCACCCUCCCCUGUGGUGAGGAACAUAGGCAGCGGGAGGGGAACAAGAACAGGACGCUGAGCUAGUUGCAGGUGUGCCGAGUGGCGCGCGGACAUGCCUCCGAAAUGCAGGACAGUCUGGUACGGCCAUCGCAAGGCGAGCAAGGUCAUGGUCUGGAUGCUCACAUGUCCGCGCUGCAUUCUGGUUCUUUUAAAAAUCCAUUUGGUAUUAAUACCUUUCUCUUAUCUUGAAGUAGUUGGACCCUAACUGGUCGGGGUAAGAAAGGUCAAGAUUCUAGGUCCCAAAGUCCGUCUUAGUCCACCUACCGGAGCACAUUGGGUUUUCACAAAAGUUACUUCACUGUUAAGGGCUAUUAAAUGAAAAGGGAAUGUUCAACAUUUUGCUUCUUAUAUACAUAUGUAUGCUACAAAUUAAAUAGAAUAAGUUCCAUUUCUGAAUUUCUAUAUAGCUUAUCGACAGGCUGUGUUGUCACAAAAACAAGUUGAUGAAGGACAUUUGCCAUAAAGGGUGUGUGUGGCCUGGGGCCAGGUUGGCGUGUCUCUGAGGCUGCUCUGUGACUAGUGAACUGUCACCCACCUC